AUGUCUGACGCUAUAUCAUCCUUUCUUCGGAGGGUUAUCGUCGAGUCUCCUCCCGGAGAAUGGGCUGUGCGCCAGCUUCGCGAGCUUCUCAUCGGCGCCCUUAAGCAAGGCCCUAUUCCUCAACAUGUAUCCUUCGAGAUGGACGGUAACCGACGAUAUGCUCGAAACCACCGAAUGGAGACCGUGGAAGGCCAUCACCGAGGAUUCGAGGCAUUGGCUAGGAUUAUGGAAAUCUGCUACAAAUCUGGGGUCAAGGUCGUGACAGUAUACGCCUUCAGUAUCGAGAACUUCAACCGGCCCAAAUACGAGGUCGAGGGUCUGAUGGAGCUGGCCAAGACUAAGCUGGAGCAACUGACCAAGUAUGGUCACGUUCUUGACCGUUACGGUGCCUGUGUGCGCGUCUUGGGCCAGCGCGAGAUGAUUCGAAGCGAUGUCCUCGAAGUGGUCGAUAAGGCUGUCGCAAGAACCAAACACAACAACAAGGCUGUUCUGAACAUUUGCUUCCCAUACACUUCACGAGCCGAGAUAACGACCGCGGUGAAAUCAACAGUUCAGGAAUUUCUUGCUCCCACUCCUCCUCGAGCCACCCCCUUCUCCCCGUCGCGAAUUCGACAGAAGAUUCUCUCACGCCAGCUGAAUGGCCACGAGGGACUACCUACGAUUCCCGAUACACUCCCCGAAGAGACCGAACCACUCGAUGAUGAGGACGCCAAGAAGGACAGCGAUGGUGACUCCUCAUCGCCUACACUGCUUCCCGAUUCUCCUCCGCCCCGCCUGCGCGCAAGGAAUAGCGCUGCCAGCCUUUCAGGGCUGCCAAAUCCCGAAACAAUCACAGCCGAGACACUGGACAAGCACAUGUACACCGCCAAAGACCCGCCCCUGGACAUUUUUGUGCGAACCAGUGGAGUGGAACGUCUCAGCGACUUCAUGCUUUGGCAGUGCCAUCAGGAUACGCAGAUCUUCUUCAUCGAUACUCUGUGGCCCGACUUCGAUCUCAAAGACUUCAUCUGGAUCUUGCUGGAGUGGCAGUGGAGACAGAAACAGAAGGAUCGCGAAGAUGCGCCAGUUCGACCUACUUCUGUUACGGCGUGA